AUGGUUAUCGCCACUUGUCAGGGUUCCUUAACAACUGUCAACUCCAGCUCGGGGGUAUGCCGCUGUGUUGUCCCAUUCUUACCCAUCAGCAGCAACGAUGAGCAUGAUAUAGACGAAGAUCUCAUGGAAAUUGACACGAUAGGGUUCGACAGGAUCGCUCAGUUUCACUUCUUUGAGGUGUGCCGGUCGGGUGACUUUCUGAAGAGCUUUCCCUUCUGCUUCAAUCCCAAGCUUGCGUUUCUUAAGCCGCAGCACGUUGCCACGGCCGUCUUGCUGGAGCAGUUUGCUUUUGAGCACUCUCAGCGUGGUUUUUGCAGCUCAUUGACCGAAUAUCGCAUCAGAUUCUCCGGCAAUCUUAGCUACGGCCUCUUCAACAUCUGUGACAUGACAGAGCGCAAGAACUGGUGGGUAACGACCAAGAUGCGAGGCUGGAACGUUGACGGCUGUCCCGAAGACGUCAGGAGGCUCAUGUUUGUCCACAUCAUCGCCACCCUCGGGUGCAGCCCCGUCGUGACGGACGAGGACAUGGACUACCCCCGGAACUGGGCCGAGAUUCUCCACGGCAGAGAAAGAUACCCCAGCGAGCCUGUCGGCCACCGGCCCCAUGGGCGCACCAUCUGCCUUCACUCGGUGGCCGUCUGCUCUCGUCUCCAGGGCCUGGGCCUCGGCACGGCGACUUUGAAGUCGUAUGUUCAGCGCAUGAACAGCCUGGGCGCGGCGGACCGUGUUGCUCUUAUCUGCCGGAAGCCUGAGACCAGAUUCUUUGAGAGAUGCGGCUUCAGGAACAUUGGUCGGAGUACCACGAAGACUAUCGUCGGCGAAUACUUUAACAUGGUCUUCGAUCUACCCGGGCCCAAGGACUUCAUUGACUGGAAUAGCAUUGCCGAUGCUGCCAAGAAAAUGUGA